CAAACCAGCCCAGCCUUUGAACUUCACCGCUUUUGGCUCUCAUUCACGCGCUUCCCCUCAUUUCCAAACCAGGUGCUUUGCAGGGCGGGAAAUCUCUAAGAAAAAACACAACACUUUAUGACUCUUCGACCGCGGAACUUUGCUUUCACCUCGGUGGAUUUUCAUGCGUGUUGCUGUUUUCCACCUUGUAGCCUAGCCCGGUUUUUUGAAAAAGAAAGUAUACAUAGCUGGACUUAGCGAACGAUUUCUUAACUCCGGAGAAAUUGGACAGUGUGGAUUUUUAUUGAUGCUGUUUUCCGACUUCGUCUCAAGCAUUCGAGAACUGGCAUGAUCUGUGUCUGCCAGCAAGACAGGUGAAUAUUUUUUUCCCCUCGGUUGGUUUUUAGAACUUUUUCCACUUUACUUUUAAUUGGGGAUAAAAGGCACACUCUUUAAAAAUGUCAAAGCCUGUAGAUCAUAUCAAGAGGCCAAUGAAUGCGUUCAUGGUCUGGUCCCGCGGCCAGAGGAGGAAAAUGGCACAAGAGAAUCCCAAAAUGCAUAACUCAGAAAUCAGCAAAAGACUUGGCGCGGAGUGGAAGCUGCUCUCUGAAUCCGAAAAGCGUCCUUACAUCGACGAAGCGAAGAGGCUGCGAGCACAGCACAUGAAAGAACACCCAGACUAUAAAUACAGACCCAGGCGCAAACCCAAGAAUCUACUGAAGAAGGACAGGUAUGUGUUCCCUUUGCCUUACCUUGGGGACACGGAUCACUUGAAAGGACUCUCAGCCUCGGACUCUCUGUUGAGCGCAUCAGAGAAAGUCAGGGCAUUCAUGCCCCCGACCUCGGUACCGUACUCGUUCCUCGACCCGAGCCAGUUCACCUCCAGUGCUAUCCAGAAAAUGACAGAGAUGCCCCACACCAUGACCACCAGCAGUUUGGGUUACGGCUCGUUGGGAUACCAGAACGGCGCGUUCGGCAGUUUGGGUUGCCCCAGCCAGCACACCCACACCCACCCGUCGCCCACAAACCCGGGGUACGUGGUUCCCUGUAACUGUACCGCCUGGUCGGCGUCGAGUUUACAGCCCCCGGUUGCCUACAUACUUUUUCCAGGUAUGACCAAGAGUGGGAUAGACCCAUAUUCAUCAACACAUGCCACUGCUAUGUAACGCGCCAGACAGACUGACUGACUUUCUGUUUAAACAAGUAAUUUGAGAACAGCAAUGCAUGUAUAGGUUAUAUGGACAGAACAGUUCGCCCCCAA